AUGACGAUGGGGAUGGCGACGAGAGAGAAGAGCUCGAGGAAGGGUAAGCAGGUGGUCGCCGACGACAGGGAGCCGCUGCUGCCGACCAGGCAGGAGGAGAAGGACGGCGGCGGAUUCGACGAGUUCGAUGGGGCUUCCUUCGCCGGGGCCGUCUUCAACCUGUCCACCACCAUCGUCGGAGCAGGGAUCAUGGCGCUGCCGGCCACCAUGAAGGUGCUGGGGCUGGUCCCCGGGGUGCUGAUGAUUCUCUUCGUGGCGGUGCUUACGGAGGCCUCCAUCGACAUGCUGAUCAGAUUCAGCAGGGCGGGAAAGAUAGUGACCUACGGCGGGGUCGUCGGCGACGCCUUCGGCAACUUCGGAAGGGUGCUCCUCCAGUCCUGCGUCGUCAUCAACAACGUCGGCGUCCUCAUUGUCUACAUGAUCAUCAUCGGUAAUAGGCACAACUCCAAAAACUCAAAACUCUGUUUGAUCCUCAAAUGAAGCAUUCUGAUCGACUUCCCUCUGCUCUCUCUCUCUCUCUGGAAUAUGCAUGAGAUUCAAUCAUCUGUUCAACGAUUUUUCCCUACGCCUCCCUUCAUUCGAUUACCUGAGAAACAGUCAGAAUUUUCUUCAGUUUUUUCGAGUGUUGAUGCAGAGAAGAUCUUCCUUUCCAUCCAAUCUCCCGACGCUGCUGACGAAUCAAAACCUUUGGAUCUCAGGUGACGUGCUCUCGGGCACAUCCUCCAGUGGUGAUCACCACUCGGGCAUCUUGGAGGGAUGGUUCGGCUCCCAGUGGUGGAACGCCCGCUUUUUCGUCCUCCUGGUCACAACUCUGGCGGUGUUCUCCCCAUUGGCGUGCUUCAAGCGUGUGGGUGAGUCGAUUUACAGACUCCAUUCCACAGACGGAUCCAAGCUCCUGCUCGAUCAUUCCAGUUCAUUCUAACCAGAAGAUUUCCGUCUCCAUUGCGUCGGCAGAUUCACUGAGCUACACGUCGGCUCUGUCUGUGGCACUGGCGGUGCUGUUCGUGGUCAUCACGGCGGGGAUCGCCAUCGUAAAGAUGGUUGGAGGCAGCAUACCGAUGCCCAGGCUUUUCCCUGACGUGACGGACUUGAGCUCCUUCUGGAAGCUCUUCACAGUCGUGCCUGUGGUCGUCACUGCCUACAUCUGCCAUUACAAUGGUAUUUGAUGCUCAAACCAGUUUAAUUCCCCUACUUUUCCCUGCUCAUUAAGCUUCUUUCCCUGUAUGGAACUCAUCUCACGUUGAGGCUGGCCUUGAGGUGUACAGUUUUUGGAAUGUGUUCUUGCCACAGAGUUGGAGAUCAAAUUCUCAAGCUCGGCCUUUUUUUUUGGCCUGAAAUUGGAAUCCGACGAUCAAAUCAUGGACAACUUGAUUCGUAUAACUUGUUUCUCGUUUAGCCCACAAAGAAGUGCUCGGUGUUGAAGUGACCCAAAAGAAUCCAGGAAACUUUGCACUCCCUCUUAUUUUCUGAGCGUUUCUUUGUCUCUCUCGAUCGUUGCUAGCAGUUCCAUAAGUAGCUCUUCUCAUUCAGACGAGAAAUGGAAACCAGAAGCAUCAUGUGCAUAAAAAUGCAUCUUUUAUAAUUAUUAUUAUCUCUUCAUUUUUCUUUCUAUCUGAUCUUGGUGUGAUUGUUGCGUUGACCCUGGUGCAGUGCACACAGUCGACAACGAGCUGGAGGACUCGAGCCAGAUCAAGCCGAUCGUCCGCACAUCACUGGGGCUGUGCUCGGCAGUGUAUGUUGCCACGAGCUUCUUCGGGUUCCUGCUCUUUGGGGAUGGGACCCUCGACGAUGUGCUGGCCAACUUUGACUCUGACCUGGGUAUUGCCUAUGGCUCCUUCCUCAACGAUGUGGUCCGGGUCAGCUACGUGGCGCACCUCAUGCUCGUGUUCCCGAUUGUGUUUUUCGCCCUUCGGCUCAAUGUGGACGGCCUCCUCUUCCCCACCUCCCGGCCGAUCUGUAUGGACAAUCGGAGAUUCGCUCUGGUCACUGCAGCGCUCAUCAUCCUCAUCUUCUCUGGCGCCAACUUCAUCCCCAGCAUCUGGGAUGCCUUCCAGUUCACUGGGGCUACUGCUGCGGUUGCCAUCGGGUUCAUCUUCCCUGCUGCCAUCACCCUCAGGUAAUCAAUCAAUCCCGUGUUCUUUGCUGCUAUGAGAAAUUUAUUUAAAUUUUUGUGAAACAUGUGGGUUUCUCUUGUGGAUUUAGGUAGAGUCAAUCGGUUCUUCAUUAUUGUGAGGAAUUAGUCCGUUUCUUUUUUGUGAAAUUAUUUUGAUCAUUUUUUUCACUGGUAUCAUCCUCUAAGAAAUUAUUCCAAUUUUUUCUUGAAAAAUGCAUAGUUUUUUGUGAAAUUAUUCCAAUUAUAUUUGAGAAUUGCGCAUCAGAUUAACUCCUAACCAUGUAGGAGCAUGUUCUUGAACCAUAGGCAGUCCAAUUCCCCAGACCCAAUCCUCGGAUGGAUCCCAUAUGGAUCGAGAUCGAACAAAUGGCCAUGCCCUACUCAAUAUUUUCUUUUACCAUAAUUGGUGAAGAAAAAGAAGAAUUGUAGAUCUUCCAUGGUAUAAUCUUUGCAUCCAUUCUGAUUAACAGGGAUUCCCAAGGGAUCGCGACGAGGUGGGACAAGAUCCUGUCCGUGUUCAUGAUUGUGCUUGCCGUGCUCUCGAACGCCAUCGCCAUCUACAGUGAUGCCGAUUCGAUCUUCCACAAGGGCGGGGGCUCCCCCCGGGCUUGA